UAUAAAAACUACCACCAACACCGGGACCUUAUCAAACGCACUCCACACUCCAGUAAAGCACAUCAACAUGUACUUCAAAAUCGCAGUAAUCGGCGCUCUGCUGGCGGUCUGCCAGGCGGGUUUGAUCGAGCAGGGACAAGGCCACGCCGUGUCCUCUCAAAGCAUCGUCCGCCACGACGAGCCCUCCCCUGCCACCGCCCACUACACCCCGGUCUUGCAGCACGCUGGUCCUGUGCUUGAGCACGCCGCCCCUCUGGUGCACCAGACCUCUCCCAUUAUAGAUCAGACUUCCUACAUCCACGCCGGUCCCCUGAUCCAUCGCAUCUCCCCUGCCGUCGGUACUAUCGCUGUUGGACGCUCUCAACAAAUUGAGGACCAUGCUCCCGCGCAUUAUGAAUUCUCAUACUCCGUGGAGGACCCUCACACCGGCGACCACAAGUCCCAGCACGAGACCCGCGACGGCGACGUCGUGAAGGGCGAAUAUUCUUUGCUCCAGCCUGAUGGUUCCAUCCGCAAGGUCGAAUACACCGCUGACGAGCACAACGGAUUCAACGCCAUCGUACACAACUCUGAGCCGAACGCACAAGCCGCUCCUCCUGCGCCGGCGCACGCUGUCCACGCCGCUAACCUGGUCCACGCUGCCCCACUGAUCCAUGCCACCCCAGUAGUCCAUGCUACUCCAGUGGUCCAUGCUGCCCCAGUGGUCCACGCUGCACCACUCGUCCACGCCGUACACGCGGCUCCCGCUCAUUACAUCACCACCCAUCAUUAAAUACUGUUUAUGUGAAAACUGUAUUAAUGUAUUAUUAUAUUAAGUAGAAAUACAGUGUUACUAUUAAUUAUAUGAA